AUGUCAAGCCUACCUCCCACGUUCACUAGCCUCUAUCGCUUAUUCCUCAGGACAGCUUCAGCAUCAGUCCUCCAUCAUAAACUCGCAACCAGGAAUCUUCGGCAACUUUGGCGACCCGCUUUUGCUGAUGCUGUCCAUACUUUACGGAAACUCGAGAAAGCUGGUAUCGAAGGAAAUGUUCCCGAAUGCAGAGAACUCCAAGAGUGGUUAGGGGGGUGGGAGAAGAGAAUGGAUAGUACAUUGUCUCUACUCUAUAAUUCUGCCGCAUCGCGUGGUCUCCCUCAUCAACUCACGCGGAAUCUCUCAUUUAUAGUCUUAAGUGAACAUCAAAGGCUUAGGCGUCAGGCUUCGCAACUCCCCGUCUGGAACCCUCGAUUACCCUACGAUUCGCGAGAAUACCAGGUGAGAAAGAGCACAGCCAAGGAAAACGCAAAGCAGCGGUGGAAAGAAUUCAGCGACGACGCAUGGAAGUCGCUGGGAGAGGUGGUUAGAAUGGCGGAGGGGAGAGAUAAUAUUUCGUUGGGGAGGAUAAUGAUCAAAGGGAGAAUCAUCCGCCGAGAACGCUCGUGA